UAUGGAUAAUCUCUUCAUGAUGGCCUUACUUUUCUGUUCUUGCUUAAUAUCGGAGGAAAGAUUCGAUUUAACUGAUAAGAUCUAUAAUUUGGGUGAUAUUAAUUUUGGCAUUGUUACUCAAGUAAAGGACUAUUCAAAGGCUUUAAAAUGUACAAAUAAGAUAAGUCGUUUUGAAUAUCUUCAAUAUGUACAAUCUUCCAUAUUCAGUGUUGAUUAUAUAAAUGAAAGAAAAGAUUUGUUACCCAAUUUAAAUUUGGGUUAUAUUAUUUAUGCUGAUUGCGGCCGAAAGGAUACUUCUCUGGCUGUUGUUACGAAAUUCAUUGAAGGGGCAGAUGUCGCAACAAAAUCAAAUGUCAAUAGAAAUAAUAUUACUAUUUCAUCGAAGUAUUCUGUUGCUGGUGUUGUGGGUUUGACAACUAGCACAAAGGCCAUUCCUACCAGUGCUAUAUUAAGCUAUUACGAAAUACCUCAUAUUAGCACUUCGGCUUCGAGCAGCGAAUUAAACGAUAAAUACAGAUACGAAUAUUUUAAUAGAAUGGAACCUGGAGACACUAGACAAGCCUACGUAAUGGUGGAUUUAUUACAAACUUUCAAUUGGAAUUACGUGUCGGUUGUUUGGCAAGUGACCGUUGGUUAUCAGAUGGUAAUGACUGACCUAUUUGAGAGAAUAAACGAAGUGGGUAUUUGCGUGGCAAGUCACAACAGUAUCUACAAUAACAGUACAGAGAGAGAUCUAGAGGAAAUUGCAGAAACCCUUAUCGCGAACACGAAAGCUAAAGCUGUAAUAUUGUGGAUGUAUUCCUCCUCCGUGAAACGUUUAUUUUCCGUAUUAGAAAGAAAGAACGCUUUACAUAAAUUUAUCUGGGUAUGUACAGGCGUAAUAGAUAGCGUUUAUAAAUCGUUUCCAAACUCUUUGAAAACGGGUAUGUUUAGAGUGGGAAUGUCAUUGAAUUUAUCGGAAGAAUUAAAAGAUUUUCUAUCAGAGAGAACUCCGUUUAAUUCAAAUGGAACUGAUUUACAAUGGAUGAAAUUAUUUUGGGAAAGUACUUUUCAUUGUUCGUGGGAUAGAAAUAGUAAAAAUUCCUGCAAUAAAUACAAAACAUUACCGAAAUCUCCCAAUUAUUUUAUAUCUGUAAAUAAUGCUAAAUAUUUUGAUGCUAUUUUAACAAUGGCUUACGCCGUCAACUCAACAAUCAAUCAAUACUGUCCAACAGUGUUUCUCAAGGCGUCUAAAAGAACUUAUUUGAAAGAUCACAGCCGCUGUUUGUCUGGCGAAAGAAUAUUGAAAGCAAUUAGGAAUUCGGAUUUUCAGGGUAUGACAGGAAGGAUAAGAUUUGAUGAAAAAGGUAAUGUUAUUAAGCCGUUUGUAGUAAAGCAGAUAAUUUCAAUAAAUCAUACUGAAGUAAUUGCAAUCUGGAAAAAGGAAACUGGAUUUCAAAAGAUUCGCUCUCCUUUUAGGCCAAUUCCAGAGUCAAUAUGCAGUGAAGUAUGUCCUGCAGGCUUUAAACCUGUUCCUUCCUACAAAGUUUGCUGCUGGUACUGCUUGGAGUGCUUGCCUAAUCAAAUUACAAUUAACAAUGGAACUGAUUGUCGAACUUGUCCAGAUUCAACUUGGCCAGACUCUUUGAAUAAAACUGUUUGCUUAGAUUUAGUGAAUAAUUUUCUUCAUUUUACAAACCCUAUCGUCUUAUGUUUGGCUAUCGUUUCAGGAGCAUUGAUCGUCAUAAGUUUAAGUCUUAUUUAUAUGCUGUUUAUUCGAUUCUCUCAUACUCAGGUGGUGAAAAACUCCUCAAAAGAGCUGUGCUUUCUUAUCGUGAGUGGAAUACUAGUGUGUCUAGCAACAAUCUUUAUAUUAAUAAGAAAGUCGACAAAUAUAGUUUGUAUUAUCGGAGUUUUCGGAUUUCAUUUGGGUGUAAAUUUAACUUUUGUACCAUUAUUGAUGAAAAGUCAAAGAAUGUUCACUCUAUUUAGAGCAGCAGCAAAAUGUCAGACAAAAGUUCCAGUUGCCAGAACUAAGUGGCAAUUAACUGCAGUCUUAGUUCUUUUCCUAUUCCAGGUAAUUAUAACUGGAGGGAUGAUAUCCUUUUCGAGACCUGUAGCAAGAACAUCAAUGCCUCUUUUGUGGGAACCUUAUUCAGAGUUAUAUUGCGACAUUCCAGUAUUAACUAUAUGUAUUCCCACCUCCUAUAAUCUAUUAAUACUAAUAGGAACAUGUGUUUUUGGAAUUGUUACCCGUAAACUCCCUGAAAAUUUCAAAGAAUCGAGAAAUAUUUGCAUUUGCGCCUUAACAAGCAUCAUUUUAUGGAGUGCCUUUUUGCCAACAUAUUUUCUAACUCACUUUAAUUUAUAUAAAGGAACCUUACUAUCAUUUGGAUUACUACUUCAUUCCAUUGUCCACUUGACAACAAUAUUUAUACCUAAGGUAUACGCGGUAGCCGUUGUAAAAGAUAACGAAGAUUUUACAGUUACUUUCAGAUACUCUCAAAAAUCAAAUCCUGUAAAUGAUUCAACGAUGCUACCGCUCUCCGGAUAA